ACCGGUCGGGGGCGGGGCCCGGGAGGCACCGUUACCUGCAAACCAGUGUGUAUUCCUGGCCCCAGUUAAAAAGCGUUCAUUUUUUUUCUUUUUUUUCACAAAAUCUUACCUGAGAUUGGCGAAGUGAAACUUUUAGCACCUCGCAGUCCCCCUUCCCCAGGCUUCCUGCACUUCGUUCCCCAUUCCAUCCCCAAUAACCGCACUGCACAGCUCUUCCAAGGACCUGCCCCCCUCAUUAUGGUCCAUCCCUUCCUCUCCCAAGCCCCCCACUCUCUCUCCUUAACUUUCCCAGCCCCUCAGCGCCCUCCCCGACCCCCUUAUUCCUCCAGAUCCCUCUGACCUCCCAACUGGCCCAUCAGCUUCCACCGCCGCCCUCGCCUCGCCUCCCCGACGGGGACCGCCUUGGCGGGGCAAGGGCCUGGCGAGGGCAUGGAUUUCCGGGGCAAGAAGUACGAGCGGGGCAGCAACUGGUCAGACCCCGAGGUGGUGGAGCUGCUGCAGCUGUGGGCCGACGAGUCGGUGCAGCUCGAGCUGGAGAGCUGCCUGCGGAACCAGCACGUCUUCAACCGCAUCGCCGAGGUGCUGCGGGACAAGGGCAUCCACCGCACCGGUGACCAGUGCCGGGAGAAGAUUAAAAAGAUGAAGCUGGAAUACCGGCGGAUCAAGGACAACAGCAAGGCCCCCAGAGGUGGCCGCUCCUGGAAGUUUUACGAGGUGAUGGAUCGGGUCCUCGCGGGCCGGCCCGUCCUCCCCUACAACCCCGCCGGCGGAGGUGUGAUGGCCCAGCCCGCGUUGCCGGGCGGCCUGGGGGAAGGCUAUCCCCACCACUUCACCCCCGCCGCCCUCCCCUUCGUCCACUCCCAGCCCCCCGGGGAGCUGGCGGAGAUCAAGUGUGAGGAGGUGGACUCCGACCAACGCUGCCUGACCCCUGAACCCCCGCCUUCGAUGUCCUACCGGCCCGGCUCCGCCGAGGAGCCCGAGGUAGAGCACGGCUUCCUUGAGCGGGCUCAGGACGACUCCCCCAGCUCCAGGGAGGAGGUCCCCAUUGAAACCAGUAUCUCGCCUUCAGGUUUCAGCGAGUCCAACAUGGCUUCAUCAUCCCGGCUCCAGAGCGCAGGGCCCCGGCCCGGCUUCUCCGCCCUCCACCGGCUCCGCCGGAAACGGAAGGGGCAGCGGGUUAAGGAUCCCCUGGAUGAGCUGCUGCUGAAGACGCUGAUGUCGCAGCAGGCCAUGGAGGAGAGCUUCCUGCAGCUGGAGGAGCGGCGCAUGCAGAGGGAUCUGGAGAUGGAGGAGCGCCGCCUGCAGCUGGAGCAGCGGCGCCUCGAGCUGGCGCGGGAGCACGAGUUCCGCAUGUUCAGCGUCUUCGCCCAGAUGCUCGGCAUCCUCAGGCAGGGCACCCUUCCCGGGCCCUCGGUCCCUCUGCCCACCCCGGACUUUGGCACCAUCUUUGGGGACAGGCAGGGGGCCGGGGCUUCCGGGCUGCCCCACCGGAGGCCUCUGGGCUCCUACGGACUGAGCAACCCCGGAACUGGACAUCCCCAGGGAAGCCCCCACCUCUCCGUCCGGGGAAGCAUUGCCAACCGCUUCCGGGACUCCACCGAGGAGGGCUACAAGGCCUACCACGCGGACAAGUACGACGAGGACAAGAACCCUAGUGGGAUCAUUAACUUCGGGACUAGUGAGAACAAGCUCUGCUUUGAUCUAAUGUCCAAACGGCUUAAUCAGAGUGACAUGUACCACAUUGAUCCACCUCUGCUUCAGUACCCUGACUGGAAGGGCCACAUGUUUCUGCGAGAGGAAGUGGCCCGUUUCCUUACCUACUACUGCAAGGCACCUGCUCCCCUCAAGUCGGAGAAUGUGAUCGUGUUGAACGGCUGUGGCUCCCUGUUCUCUGCGUUGGCCACUGUUCUGUGUGACCCAGGAGAGGCCAUUCUGAUCGCCACUCCCUUCUAUGGUGGCAUCACCCAGAGCAUUUACCUCUACGGGAAUGUCCGGCUGGUCUACGCCUACCUGGACAGCAAGGUCACCGGGGUCAACAGCCGCCCCUUCCAGCUCACAGUGGAGAAGCUGGAGACGGCCUUGCUAGGAGCCCAGGCCGAGGGGGUGAAUGUCAAAGGUCUCAUCUUGCUGAACCCCCAGAACCCUCUGGGUGACAUCUACUCUUCGGGAGAAAUGCUGGAGUUCCUGGAGUUUGCUAAAAGGCAUGAACUGCAUGUGAUUGUGGAUGAGAUCUACAUGCUGUCAGUGUUUGAUGAGUCCACCUCAUUCCAUAGCGUCCUGGGCAUGGACAGGCUCCCUGACCCCCAGAGGACUCAUGUGAUGUGGGGGACCAGCAAGGACUUUGCAGUCUCGGGCAUCCGCUUUGGCACGCUCUACACCGAAAAUCAGGAUGUGGCCAACGCCGUGGCUUCCUUCUGCUACUUCCAUGGGAUCUGUGGCAUCGUCCAGUACCAGAUGUCCCAGCUGCUUCGGGAUCGAGACUGGAUCAACCAGGUAUACCUGCGAGCCAACCACGCGCGGCUCAAGGCCGCCCACACCUACGUCACCGACGAACUGAAGACACUGGGCAUCCCCUUCCUUAACCGCAAUGCCGGUUUCUUCGUCUGGAUCGACUUCCGGAAGUACCUGCGCUCAGGCACCUUUGAGGAAGAGAUGCAGCUUUGGCGGCGUUUCCUGGAUAGCAAAGUGCUGCUGUCUUGUGGCAAGGCCUUCGAGUGCAAAGAGCCUGGCUGGUUCCGGAUCAUCUUUGCUGACAAGACCCACCGGCUUCAGCUUGGGAUGCAGCGGAUCCGGCAGGUGUUGGAAGAGCAGGAGCGGGAGCUGCUCACGGUGGAGAAGCCGCCUCUGCCCCUCCAGCUCCCCGAGCAGGACGGCCGGGCGGACAGCACAGACGAGGUGAUCUUUGUCUCGCGGCACCAAGAGCCGGCCGCUAGCUCCAAGCUGGGAGACCUCAUCGGGCUGCUGCAGCAACAGAUGCGCUCAUCUGACUGGCUGCAGAAGAACACGGUUGAACAGUUUGCCCAGGAGAAGCCUGAGGUCUUCGAUAUGUUCAACAAACUGGUCGGAAAGCAUUAGGGGCCCCCAAAGUGGCAGGGAAAGGAACGAUUUUGCUUGAGGCUAGUGGCCUGUGGCCAGGGGUGGAUGUGAGGAACAUGCCACCCCGACUUGAACCUGGCUUCUUUCUCUUCAUGGGGCAUAGCUGCCCCCCGCACCCUCCCGGCCCCUUACCUGGUCGGCCCAAUGAGCGAGCCUUCUGUAUAUUCAGAAAUUAACUUGUACAGUUGCCCUUGGAGCAGUCACUUUGAACUGUAGUUCCUGGGUGAGGAGGUGACCCCGAGAAGUUUCCGGGGGUGGAGGGCAAGGGGAGCUAUUUUCAUUGCAGUUGUCCCUUCCCCAACCUCCUUUCAGAGUCUUCAGGUGUUUUGUUUUUUAAUCCGGUUUCUAAUAAACAAUUUCCUUGUCCUCUUCUAAAACAUU